GGCAUCCCGAACAGGAAGUUUAUAUCGCCUCGUCUGCUAGUCUGCAUUUACUAUUUAUUUAAUUUUAAUGUAUGCUUUAUUGCUUCUAACGUUUGAUUUCGUCUGUUGUUGACUUGUUGUGUGAUUUAAACUGAUUUUGUUUUUUCCUUCAUGUGAAUCAUGUGGGGUCCGUAUUCUAAUGGACGUCAGCACAAAUGGCAUAGAGCAAAGCUUGAGCAGGUGUACCGCUUGUUGGAGAAUGAGGAGAUCACUGCUGACGAUGUGAAUGACAUCAAGGAUGAGGUUGAAAUUUACCUCGAGAUGAAUCAGGAUCCAUCUUAUGUUGGUGAUGACACCCUGUAUGAUGAUCUUCCGUUCGACAAACUGGAUGGGAAGGUGGGAGAAGAUCUGGGGACAUCACAUGCAGGUACCAAGCCAGUUGGAUCGCCGUCACUGUCAAUGCCACUGUCACCGUCACCGUCACCGUCACCUUCACCAUCGCCAUCGCCAUCGCCAUCCCCAUCACCAUUAUCAGGGUCAAGGCUUCCAGGGCUCAUCAGAAACAUGCGAUCACUUGCCAAUUCUGGUAAUUCUGGUAAUUCUGGUAGUGUUCUUGGGUCCACCGCUUCCACGUCAGCCACCAGCAGCGCAGGCCAGGUCAGCAAAACAUGUCAAGAGAACACCAAAGAAAACUCAGCAGAAGAUGUCAGCUGUGCUGCAAGGUGGCUGGCUGAAAAUGAUUCUUUACAUGGUGUAAGUAACUUUGCUCAGGCGCCGCUGGACGAUCCAGGCUCCAGCUGGAAGGUUGAUGGGAUUUCUUUCCAUCUUUUCACAAUGGAAGGGAAGAAAGAUCUUGACAUGGAUAUUGCGGAUUGCGAUAAAGAUUUGGAGACGUUCAAUGUGUCGAUUGCAUGCCAGCAAACUGGGACACUGGAAGAGCUGAGCCUCAUGUCAAACAAACACCAUGCGGCCAUGAUUAUGGAGGAAGGGGAGGGAAAGAACCUGGCUGCUGCAUCAACACCAGGUGUAUCAGGGUCAUCAGGUCAGCAGAGCUUGCUGUCUGCACCCAACUCAGAUGCCGCGGAGCCCCACUCUGUUUCAGAUUCGACAUCACCGGGCAUCUUGGACGGAAACAAAACUUGCCCCGAUGAGGCCUACGUCUCAAAACGGAAGCUGGAGUUCGCUUCCCCUCGCGAUUCAGAGUCGACAACAAGUGAAGAAAAAGUUGGCCAGUUGAGAAGCUCACGGGCAGGCGAGUCAGACGAAGCAGUGGUAAGUAAGGAGGAGGGUGAAACCGAUUGCCACGGUGAUGGCAAGUGUGCAGGAGCACAGAAGGAGCAGGGAGAGAAAAUGAAGCUCGCAAGUCGCAUGGAGGAUGUUGGUCGAGAUGCAGGCGCGGGAAGCGCUGUUGAGAUGAUGGAAAAUUUGACGAAGGAACUACUACAUGACAAUUGUCACCAGUUUCAAGGAUCAGGAAUGCCAUCCGGAUCUUCACUUGUAUCAAUAACGCACCAUCAGCUGCAAGAUCGCGUUGCACAGGAUAAGAUAGCAAGUGGCCAAUCCAUGUCAGCACCUCUUCAGCACACGGAAGGUGACCGCAGGAGGACUACCGCCACUCCUCCUCCCCGGAGUUUGUAUGAAGAUCUGACUCAACUUGAUCAGAUGAUGGGAUUGAAGUUCGACGAUCCAACAUUAAAUCUGUUUUUUCCAGAAGAUCAAGAGGUGGAGCCUUCUGGCCCCGGCUCUGCAAUUGGAGGAGCGGGAAACGGCAUCAACGAUGUGGAUGCAGAGCGGGUGGCGGCUGUAAGGGAGAUGCUCCGAAUUCGAGGAACUAGAUCGCCUGGAAUCCCUGGAGAGUAUCCUCCUGGCCGAGAAGAGCGGACAAUGGGUAGCCCGUUCAAUCAGGCACGAUCCUCAAAUGAGGUGGGGAUGAUAAGAGCAGGUCUUGGCAGAGGCGCAGGAGGAGGCUCACUGAUGAUCCCUGGUCAUGGCCCCAGCGAGGUCCCACCCUUUGUACCUCCAUUACUGCAGCAAUCGCUGCUUUCGGAUGGUAGUGGAUUAGGAGGAUCAUUUCAUCGGCAGCAACACAAUAUACUGCCCUUGAACGUGCAAAUGCAUCUGCAGCUGCAGCAAAUGAUGCAGUCUGGUGGGGGUCUGCUUCCUCCACGGCCUCAUCUUGCCAGCGUGCAUUCCCCCCCAGGUCAAUCUCAUGCAGGCAUGGUGGCAAAUCUGGGAAUGCAGGAGCAACACCUUCAAGCCGACGGAGGUGGAGUGGGCUUGUCGCACGGAGCUGGAACUCGACACUAUCAUCAUCAGUUAGGGAUGACUCACGGUGGGGGCCAUGGCCCUUUGCUUAGGCUGGGGAGCAUUGGUGCUUCUAGUGCUGGACUCACACAUGGUCGGCCAGGAUCAGGACACCGUGAAUCGCAUCCUGAAGGCCCUGGUGUCAUUGGUUCUCGCUUCUGGAAACUACCAACCGCACCUCAUAGGCCAACCAGCGAUGCUCUGUUCGGCGGAGAAGCAGAAUCCGGACUGUUUCAGCAGUCUCAUGCAGGUCGACAUCCUCCUCGCUCCCAUCUUGCACAGCUAGCAACUGCGACACCUGGCACAGGAGGGUCCUUAGAGUACAGGGGUGGCCAGAGAUCCCAGCUAUCAACUCAGAAAUCGGGAUUAUGGCAUAUGUCCAGAGAAUCCAAUGCCGAAGCAGAUCCCACGGUGGAAGCUGAUGAAACAGAAGGGAUGGGCACUCCUCAAGAUGGUACCCAUCAACAACAGAAGGAUUGCCUGUUGGCGGCCAUGGACAGUGUGAACUGGAUAGCUAAGGACACACCUACUAAAGGGUUCGUCACUUCUGUACCUAGUCCUGGGCACCCCCUCCCCUCCCUCCCAUGCCCCUCUCCCCCCUCUUCCUUACUCCCCCGCCCAACCCAAAGGUUGCAUCUCAUCCAAACUAAAUAAUCACCCCCUUCCUUCCUUUUGUGAAAGAUGUGUUUGCCCCAAUACAAACAUCCAAGCAGACUUAACAAAGGACCACAACAUAC